UUUCAGCAAAGAUUUUGUGGACGUUAUUGAAGCUAUCGAUUCAUCGCAAGGACUCAUGAAUUUGCAUAACAAUGAAGCCGGUCGUCGAACCAUAAGAGCCAAUAUGGAGCUUAUCUGCAAAUGUCACGGCGUUUCUGGUUCUUGCACUGUAAGGGUCUGCUGGAGGAAAAUGAAACCUUUUAGAGAGAUCGGCGAACAACUGGUCCGCAAGUUUGAUGGCGCCACUCAUGUCAAAGUGAUUGAGCGAAAACAUCAGUUCCGACUCCGACCCACUCGUAAAGACAUUAAAAGGCCCUCAAAAAAGGAUUUGGUUUAUUUGGAGGAAUCGCCAGACUUUUGCUUCAAAAAUUCUUCGGUUGGAGUCCUGGGCACUAAAGGGCGCGCCUGUAAUGCCACUUCAUAUGGGAUGGACGGGUGCAGACUGUUGUGUUGCGGUCGGGGCUAUCAGACAGUGGAGAGGGAGGUGGAGGAGAAGUGCAACUGCAAGUUUGUCUGGUGUUGUAAAGUCCAGUGCCAACAGUGUUCCAGUCGUCGUGAGGUUCACUUUUGUAAUUAAAUUACACUUCAAUUCACUUACCACUCAAACUCAU